AUGUUGUUAACAAUCAAUGUGCUUUUACUUUUAUCCAAUGUUGUGUCAAGUUUGAUAGUUGGUGAGGAAUUUGUUAGUCGGGGGGAAGAAUUGGACCCUAAUGAAGAUUUACAAAUUGAUAAUGGUGCCACCUUAUCACUUGUGGAUCCCAAAAAUGACUUCACAAACAAUAUAAUCGUGGACCCAAAAUGUGAUUUCUUCUUUACAACUACUUUUGGAAAUGUUACUCGUGGCUUUGAAACUAUAAUCAAUCAUGGAACUACGAAUUUCCAAAUUUAUGGUGAUAGCUCUGAUUCAGUUUAUUCUUCUAUCUAUGUUGCAAGUAUCCACAACUUGAAUCAAUUUGAUUCCAAAGGAACUUUGUAUGACAUGAGAAUAGGUACCCUUGUGAAUUCAGGAUCAAUGCAAUUUCUGGGUGUUUCAUCAUAUGUCAAAAUAGGUGAUCGUGUACAAAACUCGGGAGUUAUUUGUUUAGUGGACAUUUUUUCUGAGUUUACCGAUAUCUAUGGUGAUGGUUGUGUUGUUGUUGAUGAUCUGGAGUUUGUGUUUGAAGGUACAGAGAUUGAAUCUACGAUUGUCCUUAAACAAGCAGGUGAAUUUACUGCUGCAGGUAUAAGAGAAGAUGCCUCUUUUAAAAUUGCAAACUUUGGGAAUGAUGGUUCGAUUGAAGUUGGCAGUGCUGAUGAUUAUAAACUGAGUGGUUACGACCCUGAGAAAGGUAUCUUAACUAUUCACUUUUCAAGUUAUAAUGUUAAGCUUGAUAUUGGUUUGGGAUAUGUUGCUGCCAAAUUCGAUCUCAGUGAUGAAGCAGGAGUGAUUGUGAAAUACAACGGGGCUCCACCUAAAGACUCCAAUCCUAUUCCAAAAGGAUGCUCUUGUUCUCUAAACACUGCGGUUGCACUUGGUGCUGAACCUACUCUUGUUGUCAGUACAUACACUACCGAGGAUGAAACUGAUAUUGAUACAAUAUUGAUUACUAAACACGAUAAUGAGUGGACCACAAUGACAUUAGGCGGGUAUGAAAAUACCACCCAAACAGUACUAACCACUGAGACUGUCUCGGAUGCUACCACAGUUACCGUUACCUACGACUAUACCAUUAGUUCUACCAUUAUUAGUACAAUAACAGACUGUACCCGAGAACUUUGGCCAACUACAAAUUGUUCUACAUCUUUAACAACUACAUAUCGUGCUUCUCCAAGCACUUUCGCAGUACCUGAAAUAUAUGAAGGGUUAUCUUACAAGCUUCGAUUACCUGACUUUGUAAUUUUUACUGCACUUUUAAUAUUCCUGGUUGUUUUGCUUUAG